AUGGUCUUGCCACACUAUCUCUGCUCGAGCGUCCAAAAUGCCUUCCGUGCAAGGCACGCCCGCAUCGCCGUCAACCACACCCGUCAGAACCUCGGCAUCCUCUCCAUCCUCCUCCGCUCUGGGAUCAUCUCCUCGCUCACGCGCGGUACCAUCUCUGAACCCUCACCCGACGCUUUUCGCGAGGCGGGCGACGCCCAGAGGAGAAUCUGGGUCGAGCUCAAAUAUCGCGAUGACCGGCCGGUCCUCACGCACAUGGAGCUCGUCAGCAAGCCCAGCAAGGGCAUCAGCAUGGACCCGUCGGAGAUCCGGAGGAUAUGCACCGGGCGGAGGGCGAAGAACGUCAAGCCACUAAGGAUGGGCGAGGUGGCUGUCAUUCGGACGAACAACCAGGAGCAUGAGUGGCUCGAGGCGAGGGAGGCCAUGCAGUUGCAGCUCGGCGGGGAGGUAAUUUGCAGGGCACGAUAG